AUGGAUGGUAUAGGCACAGGCAUGGUGACGAUAUCCGGCAUCACGUGUGUCUACUAUAACAUGAUCAUCGCCUGGACAAUCUUCUACACGUUCGCCUCCUUCAACAAGGUGCUGCCCUGGUCAAACUGCGACUUUGAGAGGUCGACACUAGGAUGAUGGAAACGGUAACGACGGCUGUCUUAGAUAAGUUCACACAGCUGCGGAAGUACAAGGCGUGGGUGCUGCUUGCCGCCUGCACUCUGUGGUUCCUCGCUGGACUAUCAAUGACCGGUCAGGUGGGAGUCUACGUUCUUACUCUGAUCGACAGUUACGCCGCCGGGUGGUCGUUAAUGAUACUAGCGUUACUGGAAUGCAUC